CGUCCUGCAGUGCUCUUUGGAAGACGUGUCAUGCGCCACGUUAGGUUUCACUUUCUUUUCCUCGGAAGAGGGAGUCGCUUCUCCCUCUUUGUGUGUCUGCUGUCCGCCGUGGGUCUGCGUGGAGCGGCAUCAUGACGAAACAACUCAAAAGCGGCUUUACAUUUGAAACAACCCCUGUUAGGGUUGUCCCUAUUUCCUCUGCUUCAGCUACAUUUGCUAGCCCACAAGUAGCAAGUACCCAAGAUUCUUCCAGCACUGUUACAGAUGUCAGUUCAACAGAGAAGAGGGAGAACAAUUUUCUGUUUACAUUCCCAGGAGCUCGAACAAAAUUGGAAUCUCCAUGGCGAGACAUGGAGUGGACAGAAGAGCAAAAGCUGAGCUUGAAGGCGACCAUCAGCUCCUACAUUCCAAGCAGUGAGGAUGUGUCUCAUGCUAAGGUUCUCCUCCUGGGUCCCAUGGGUUCUGGAAAGUCCAGCUUCAUCAGCUCAGUCCAGUCAGUGUUUAAAGGAAGAGUCACCAACCGGGCCAUGGUGGGCUCCUCCUCCACCAGCUUUACCAAGAAGCUGCAGUCCUUCAACAUCCAUGCUGAGGAUGGAAAGGCUCCUACUGGGCUGGUGCUGUGCGAUAUGGUGGGCCUGGGAGGUGGAGAUAUGACCGGACUGACCCUCCAUGACAUCCUGUCCGUCAUUAAAGGUCAUGUACCUGAAGGGCACAAGUUCAGCCCAGAUCAGCCAGUGAGGUCGGAGACUUUGGGCUACGUGAAGAGGCCAAGCCUCAAAGACAAGAUCCAUUGUGUGGCCUUUGUGGUGGACGCCUCUAAAGUCCUGACCUACCCUAAAGGCCUCAGUAACACCUUCCAGAAGUUCCGGGAGCACAUCAGUGAACUGGGAGUUCACCAGGUGGCUCUGCUGACCCACAUUGACAAAAUUUGUGUUGAAACGGAAAAAGACGUCACAGAGGUUUACAAGAGCAACGCCAUUCGGGACAUGAUGGGUAAAGCCGGAGCUCUGUUGGGUAUGUCCACCUCCUACAUCGUCCCAGUGAGGAACUACUCAUCAGAGCUGGACCUGGAUGUGCACACUGAUGUGCUCCUUCUUAGUGCCGUCGACCACAUCCUUCAAUAUGCUAACCUGUAUUUCCAGGACAAUUCAGCCCAACACACAGGGCCAAAAAUGGAAUAAAAAAUGUACUUCUUUCAAAAAUAUUGAAAACGGUCAUCCUUCGCAUUCAUAUAAUCUUUUGUACUUAAAGUUACAAAGCGGCUCAGGGAUAAAGGUGUUUGUGUACAGGAAUCAAUCAUUUUUAGAUGUGAAAGCUACAGUACAAUCAGGUAAAAUCUUAUUGGCCAUGGCUUAAAACUACCAUUUCAACCUUUCCUCUUGUUAUGUUUUUUACUAAAUUAUAGUGAAAACAUUGUCUGAAUAAAUCUGAACAUUGUGAUAUCUUAUUUGUAAGCAUCAACUUUUCUCUUUGUCUCAAGGGCAAUAAACCUCAUUAACCAUCCA